UCUUCAAUAUAUAUAUCGUCGUUUAAAACCCUAGUUAUUCAUCUACACCGCAUUGGGGUUUGCAGUACCGGUGGCAGCUCUGAGUUACUACCUAAACAAUGGCUGUUCCUUUGCUGACAAAGAAGAUUGUGAAAAAGCGUGUCAAGAAGUUCAAGCGGCCGCAAAGUGACCGGAAAAUUUCUGUCAAGACAAACUGGCGAAGGCCUAAGGGUAUUGAUUCACGUGUCAGGAGAAAGUUCAAAGGAUGCACUCUGAUGCCCAAUGUUGGUUAUGGCUCUGACAAGAAAACCCGCCACUAUCUUCCCAAUGGAUUCAAGAAAUUCGUUGUUCACAAUGUCUCAGAACUGGAACUUCUUAUGAUGCACAACAGAACCUACUGUGCCGAGAUAGCACACAACGUUUCAACCCGGAAGAGGAAGGAGAUCGUUGAGCGUGCUGCACAGUUGGAUGUUGUUGUUACGAACAAACUGGCCAGGUUGCGUAGCCAGGAGGAUGAGUGAGCUUGAUGCAGACUCGUAUUGUUUUGGAUUAUAAUUUGCGGAGUAUUUUGUUUUGGAUGAAUGGAUGCGAAUCAAAAACUGUUUCCUGCUUGAGUCAGUUUAGUUGACAAUUUUAAAUUCCGAUUUCUUUUCUCCGAUGAUAUAUUUUUAUGUCAAUUUAUUUUUGCUUCUAAGUUA